CCCGACAGUAUAUUUUUUUAUUCAGCGAAACCCCAAUCUCCUUCUGGAAAACCCUAGCAGAGCUCCGAUCGCCCAUCGCCAUGGGGGACAUGAACGAUCCUUUCAUGCGUAACCAAGCCGUCCAGGCUCGCCCUAAGGUCCAGAACCGAUCCAAUGUUCUUCAGCUCAAGCUGAUGGGUCAAAGUCACCCGACUGGCUUAACCCCCAAUCUGUUGAAGCUCUUUGAGCCCCGACCUCCAUUGGAGUUCCUGCCACCUCCUGAGAAGAGAAAAUGCCCUCCCUACACAGGCAUGGCUCAAUUUGUAAGUCGCUUUGCUGAACCUGGAGAUCCAGAGUAUGCUCCACCCAAGCCCGAAGUUGAAACACCUGCUCAGAAAAGGGAGAGAAUUCACAAAUCACGACUGGAGAAAGGUGUUGAAAAGGCUGCUGAGGAUCUACAGAAAUAUGAUCCGAAUAAUGAUCCCAAUGCCUCUGGAGAUCCCUACAAGACACUCUUUGUUGCCCGACUUAACUACGAGACCUCUGAGAGUAAGAUUAAAAGGGAGUUUGAGGCUUAUGGUCCAAUUAAACAGGUUCAUUUGGUGACUGAUCAGCAAACCAAUAAACCCAAAGGAUAUGCCUUCAUCGAGUACUUGAACACCCGUGACAUGAAAGCGGCAUAUAAACAGGGUGAUGGAAGGAAGAUUGAUGGUAGAAGGGUGUUGGUUGAUGUGGAGAGAGGUAGGACAGUCCCUAACUGGCGUCCUCGUAGGCUUGGUGGUGGUCUUGGUACCACCAGAGUUACCGGUGAGAAGACAGCUGGCGAGGAGGAGCCACAACAGCCCUCCCAAGCAAGAACAUCCCGCUCAGAGGAGCCUAAAGCCCGUGAAGACCGGGAGAAAUCUCGUGAUAGGGGCAAAGAAAGGGAACGCGAGGUGUCUCACGAGCGGUCUCGUGAAAGGUCUCAUGAGAGGUCCCGUGAAAGGUCUCGUGAUAGACCGAGAGAGAGUCAUAGAGAGGAAAAGCACCACAGAGACCGGGACCGAGGUAGAGACAGAGACAGGGACCGAGAAAGAGAGAGCAGACGUGACAGAGGAGACAGAGACCGUCGUAGUCGGGAUCAUGAUAGGGAGCGGAGUAGGAAAAGGGAACGGGACUACGAGAGCGGAGAGUACGAAGAAGAGGGUGAGUAUGAGAGAGGUGGGUCGAAGCAGAGGAGAGGAGAGUCAGAGGAAGGGCAUGGGUACUACGAAGGGCGUAGUAGACGUUCAAGCCAUUAUGAGCGUGAGGAGGAACAGGGAGGAGGUGAGCAAGACCGCUACGAUGACCGUUAUGGGAGAGUGGAGGAAGAAGAAUACCGUUAUGAUGAUCGUGAGUACAACAAGCGGUCAGAGCGUUCCAAGUCGCGUGAUUAUUAAACUUGAUGGACGACGUUAUUUUCUUGCGUAGCUAUAAACAAUAAACUUUUGUUUGUGUGUUGUGAUGAAUCUUUUGUCGGAUUUCGCUUUUGCGUUUCUUUUGAUUUGGUCUGACAAUUUGUUGAAUCUUUUUAAACAAGAACCAUUUCAGCUUUUA